GAAGAAAAAAAACUGCUUGACUACGCAUGCGCUAAUGUCAUGGUGGAGCUUCUUCUUACUUCUGGUGAAAUUUGGUUAAAGUGUUGCUUUUUAGUGACAGACAUGGCGUGUUGGUAGCUCAUUUCUCGCAAAUAUCAACCUUAGGAAGAAGACUACGUCAUAGGGAAGGAAAAGCGGAAUCAUGACAACAAACGAGGAUCAAGAGAUGGAGUUGGAAGCUCUUCGCUCUAUCUAUGAGGGCGAUGAAUGUUUUAAAGAGCUUAGUCCAGUUUCCUUUCAAUUACGAAUAGGAGACCUGGAGGACUCCAAAUCAUUCAUCCUGGAUGUAACAUGGCCAGAGACGUACCCAGAGAUUGGCCCACAAAUCUCCCUUGAUGGCUUUUUUAACAACAGACUCGCUCCAGACACGAAGCAGCUCAUCCUAUCCAAGCUGGAGGAGCAAGUGGAGGCCAAUGUGGGCACUGCAAUGAUGUACACACUGUUUGAGUGGGCCAAAGAGAACCAGGAAGCCCUGAUGGAGAACCACACACCUGUAGUCACUGCUGUGACCUUAACGUCCAACAGUGAGGUGACAUUGACCACGGCGACUGCCAAAAAGAAGGAGAAGAGGGAGCAGCUGACCAAAGCUCAGAAGAGGAGGAUCAUCGGUCGAACAGACCACAAAGGGGAAUUGCCCAGAGGUUGGAACUGGAUCGACGUUAUCAAACACGUAAGUGGAUCAACAUCUGAAUCGAAACCGGGUGAGACUGGUUCACACUUCUGUUGCAGUAAUUGUUGUUCUCCGCUGUGUUGUAGCUGAGUAAGACAGGAGGCAAAGAUGACGAUUAAGCCCUAAGAGCUGCACUCUUGCUGCUGUCCAAGAAGGUUCUAGCAAUGGCUGGAUCCACCUUCCAAACUGUGGCAAACAGGACACUAGCUGUGCUCGUGAACAUCAGUAAGGAGUUACUGUGUCGGCAGGAUUGUCUUCUUGUUCAAAAUUUCUCCAACAUGAAGGUACUGAAUCCCACUGCCUACACUUUGGUCUGAAAGUGCAAGUGUUACAUUGAACGUGGUCAUUUUAAAACACAAUUUUACUCCUUUUGCUAUUUUCUCAUGUUUUUGUUUGACCUGAAAAUAUCUUGUACAUAAAUAAAACAUUUUGAAAGUA